AUGAAGGCUUAUUUGAGAUAUGAAGGCAUAUCAAAGUAAUAGUAUCCUCAGUCGCCCCUCCAAGUGGAACCAAAACCCUUAUUCACAAUGAUGCCUCGUCGUAAAACUGCAUAAGUGCCCUUCCGUAGAAGUUUGCAUCAAAACAAAUCCCCCACGAAUUUCGACCGAUAAUUCGUUGUUGAGGAAUUGAAACUCGCCAAUGCAUCCCUUCAAGAGGUGAACAAGGAGUUACAACAAUUGAAUGAAGCUUUAUAGGAGUAGGUUCAAAAAUUGCAGGAAACCAACAAGGUCUUGCAAUUGUAGAUCAAUUAAAUGACCAUUCAAAUCGAUGACCUAAAAAUAAACAACCGACACUUGAGAUCACAAGAUAGCAGCGUGCAUUUUCAAACCAAAACAUUUGAUUAGAGGUUCAAAGUAAUUGAGAUUUAAGAUUGCAAGAUCAAAAUAACCACAUCGGGUAUCUGCAGUUGCAAUUAAAGAAGCUGAAUGAUUAGUUGGAGCAGAAGAGAGUGCUGGAAAGCAAACCAAUGAAGUUGCAAUAGCAAGCUCUCAGGGAAUUGGAUAGCAUUUGCGUAAUUUGAUCAUUAUAAAGGAUUAGUUGGACAUCAAGGGUUUUAUCAUUUGUAAGUUGUGUCAUUAGGAACUCAAGGACCCAGUAACUGUGAUUCCAUGUGCUCAUUCGUAUUGUCGUUCAUGCAAGAAGGGUUACAUGGGCAAAUGCUUCAUUUGUGGGCCUGAGGAAUAAAUAGAAGCCACCUAUGCCAACAUGCUGCUGAUUCCCAUGAUAGAGCUCUUCAAGAAGAAUUGUGAAAUAAGGGAAUUAUUUAAAUGA